AUGCAACGAGCUUCACUGGAGAUCGCUGGUUCUGUUGUGGUGAGCAAAAGGCACAGCUUUUUCCACUCUGUAUUCGCUCCUGACACUGCACCGAGCCUCAAAUAUGCGUCAGGGAUGCCUAAGAGGCGGUUAUUUUCUUUGGCCGACUUGUUGGGCCCAACAUGUGACGCAUGCAACCGACCAUUCGACAGCAUGCAAGGCCUCAUUUCCCAUCAAUCUACCAGCCGCAGUUGUGCGUGGUACAAGAAGGGAAAGCUGCGGGAACUUAACCGGGACGAGGAGCCUCUGUCCGACGCAUCUGGGGAUGAAAUUGAGGAAAUUGAGGACCGGUCAAGAUAA